AUGCCAUCUCGUGAUCUCCUUGCUCCAAGUGUCGUGGCUCAGAGGGCAGAGCUUGACAGUGAAAAGGACAACAGUCUUUGUGCCGACCGUGUUCCGACCUCAAAUAAAUGCCGCGUCUGCAACAAGACCUUUACUCGCUUAGCACACCUUCAGCGGCAUCUCGCCUCACACGGAGGCACCAAGCAAUGGGUGUGCGAAUUUUGCGGUACCUCGUUUGGCCGCCGGUGCAUCUUUGCGCAUCGUCGGAUGCUUCGGCAUGCUACGGAUGACGCUGCUCAGUCGAGGGUCCAGGAUAACGGCUCUCUAUCAGCAUGCUCAAGCAGCGAGGCAUCAGCAAGUUCCCCAGCUUCUGAUCAGCUGUUGACUUCUAGAGAGACAUCCGCAUCUGUCGGGCAGACGAGCGCGGGCUCUGCCCCUUCCUCUGCCUCUGUCUCCGCCCCGUUUUCAGCGCAAAGCCCGGGCCCGGCAAGCAAUGGCCAAGGCACCCUCUUUUCUCUCAUCUUGCCUAUGGAUGACAUGUCUGAACAACAUUGGAUACCAACCAUUGACCCAUUCGCCGCGACGGACGAGCCGUUCGACGUACUUUCUACCUUUUCAUGGACAACGGGUGGGCCAGAAAUGCUUUGGACGGCCCCCGGCGAGGUCACACUCGGCCCAAACGUGACGGUGAACGAACCUCCUAUCGACAGCGUUGCUGCUACAAGCCCCCAUGAUGAGUUGGCAUCUAUGGACCCGCGACGGGUAUCUGUCGAUCCGGGUCUCGCCCCUCUCGGACUAAGUCUCCUUAUCUCGAAGCCGUCACUCGAGAUGCCCUGA